AUGCUCCGCCGCGGCGCGCUGCCGCCCCCGCUGCUGCGGAGCCCCAUGGCGCUGCCCCCCGCCCGGCCGCCCCGUCCCGAGCGCCGCUUCGUGGCCGAGCUGCCCGGCUGCGAGCUGGUGGACUUCGCCUGCCGGCGCGGCGGGAGCGCGGGCGGCGGCGGCGCCAGACCCCGCGGCUUCCCGCCUGGCCCGGGGCGCUGCUACUCCUUCUGCGUGCCCGGCGAGCCGGUGCGGGCGGCCCGGCUGCACGAGCGGCUGCGGCGGGAGCUGAGCCAGGCCGCCUUCGCCGCGCUGCCGCUCCUCUCGUACCGGCCCGGGGCCGCCGCCGCGGCGCGGGAGCGGGGCUUCCUGGUGCGGGCGGCGCCGGAGGGCGAGCGCGCCUUGGAGGAGCUGCUGCGCCGCUGCCUGCCGGCCCCGGCCCACCUGGCCGUCUACCAGGAGGGCGAGGACGGGCAGCUGUGGCGCGGGCUGUGGCGCCUGGCCGAGGCAGGGGGCAAGGAGCUGCUAAGCCGGGCGCGGGUGGUGGGGGCGCCGCCGCCCGCCUCCCACCCGGCGGCGGCUCACCUCCGGGACGCCGCCGGGUUCGGCUCCCGCCCGGCCGCCCGCCGGGUCCUGCAGGAGUGCACAACUCUGAUUCCUGAAGCCAAAGCGGUCCUCGAUCUUGUGGAUAAGUGCCCUAAACUUCCAAAAAGGGGAUCUUUUCCUGUGAUAGUUAUUGAGGGACUGGAUGCAACAGGCAAAACCACCAUAACUCGGUCAUUGAAGGACUUACUUAAUGCCAUACUCUUGAGAUCCCCCCCAUCUUGCGUCAGUCAGUGGAGAAAGAGAUUUGAUGACGAACCAACACUCAUUCGAAAAGCGUUUUAUGCUCUGACCAACUACAUCGUUGCUUCUGAAAUUGCAGAAGCAUCCACUAAGUCGCCAGUGAUAAUAGACAGGUAUUGGCAUAGCACUGCUGCUUAUGCAAUUGCGACGGAAAUAAGCGGGAAAGUGUCCGAUCUCCCUCCAGUGCAUCAUCCAGUAUACUGCUGGCCCGAAGACCUGCUAAAACCAGAUUUGGUCAUACUGCUAACAGUUAGUCCCGAGGAACGAAUCCAGAGACUGCAGGGACGAGGGAUAGAGAAAACAAGGGAGGAGGAAGAGCUGGAGGCAAACAGAUUCUUUCGCCAAAAAGUCGAAGAAUCUUACAGAAGGAUGGAGAAUCCUGCAUGCCAACUGGUUGAUGCCAGUCUUUCCAGAGAAGAGGUUCUCAAGGAUGUUCUACAUCAGAUUAAAAAGCAUUUUCCUUCACUAUAG